AUGUCUAACGAGCUCAUUGAUAUAGAUGCAGAUUCAGUGUCUUUUGACCUGCAGUCUUGGAUGGGCAAACCACCCGAUGCCCUCGUUGCAGCACGUUCGGAGCUCCUCAGCCUCCCCACCGGCCUCAAAUUCCCAUUAUUUCCUAUACCGACCCACCUCCCCGCUGCAGAAUUCAUCGCGCUCCAACUGCCAUAUGCUUCGCGCUCGUCUGACAUUGUCAGCGGGUCAGUCGCAAGCUGGUUCAGUCGCGACGCCCCCUGUACCUCUAUCAGCACGUUGGGUCAGUUUUGGCUUGACGGAUAUCAGUCGAUUGUUGACCCACGAUGCAAUGACGGACAAGACCGCUUCCCCCUCUGGACUCUCAAGUUGUGGCUUGAGCUGGGGUUAAUAAGCGAUACCCAAGCGUCAUGGAGGUCUGCUUUCACAUAUCUGCGUCGCCAAGCGGUGCCUGAUGCGCCAGAGGUGACACGAAAGGCAGCGGAGGAGAUGCUAGGGUUACUAGGGAAAAUCGGCUGGGAGGAGCCCAUUGGGACGACGGGACUUCAAACAACCAGUCUCAUCCGAUUCUUUGGCAAAGCUUGGCUGUCCGAGGAACAAAUUGCGCUUCAAGUACAUCAUAUGCGCGAACGACUGAAAAUGGAACGCCCAAAAUCCGGUCUUCGAGUGCUGUUCGCGCCACUGCUUUUCACCAACAAGCUUCUUCAAACCUCGAUUCAGCACAGCUACGAUGACGAGCAUGUCCGAGACACCGUUAUGAGAAGGAUUGAGGAGCAGGUCUACCGCGAAGAUAUCGAUGUUCUCUAUGCGCCAGCACAUGUCCAAAACAAUCACUGGAUUGUGGUUGCUGCCAACUUCAAGGAUGGGACGGUCUCCUUUGGAGAUUCGCUCUUUGACAGCCGCUAUGGUGUCUACCCCCGAAAGAUCAUUCAAAAACUACAGCUAUGGUCGAAAAAACGGUUUAUGGUCCCCUUGAACGAUAUGGGCAAUGUUCUUCCUAUCGGACAACAGACAGAUAGUCUUAACUGCGGGGUUUGCUGGGCUGACGCAGUCAUGACUGCAGUCUGGGGUGAUCCAGGAUGGAAACCCCAAUUGGGUGUCAUGCGCAGAAUACGCUGGGGCAUUCGAAUGGCUAAGGAGUGUGCCAGUGUUUGCUCAGAGCCAACAACUGUUUCUCCGACUGCUGGCGCUGAGCGCAUGACAGCGUCUUCGACGUCGACACCAGUCACACUCCCAUCUCUCCGACGUCACCACCUCAACGAGCUGCUUAACCCUGAUGUCGAGGCUGCGCAUACACUACCACCCGAGCAAGUGGCUAUUGAGCCUGACACUGAUUCAGAAGACGAAGAAGCCUCAAACGCAGCCAGUCGUACGGGUGGGGAUGACUCUGACACAUCCCUACAUUCUUCGACUUCCGAACGGAGUACUCUGUCGGCGACAGCAGCCAAAAUCGGGAAAGCACUCAAACAUGGUCUUCAGCAAGUCUCGACGACAACUCAGACAACACUUACUGCGGGAAUGAAGUACACAAUGGCGGCGACAAGCAGAACCACAAAGAAGAUCAUCGGCAAGCGAAAGCGAAAGCGAAAGCGAAAGCCUGACGACUCCGAGUCGGACGUCGAACCCCCAAAAGCCAGGCCGGCGGGUACGGGAACUGCACGAUCAUCCGUCCAUACCCGCAAUGCUCGUCAAGCGUUCCGGGAGGGUACCUUUCGCCUGGAUAUGUUGCGCUACAAGGGUUGGCUAGAGGGAAUGGCAGAAAUCGAUGAUAAAUUUGCGUAUCGUCCCGGAAAUGGGAAGCAACCUUACGAUUUGACACGAGCGCGACAGCAUUCAGCAAGCUGCGGUAUCAAGAAACGGAAGUACAAAAAGCAUACGCAAAACACUCACCGUAUGGACGAGUAUUUGUCUGCUGGGAAAGCAAGUCGGAAGGAAGCUGAAUUCAGAACGUUAUCUCGCGUCCCAUGCCCGGGCAUUGGACCGGAUGAUGAUAUUCGAGUCACUACAUAUCUUGAACGCACAGCAGUCUCCGGAGGUGGCGGUCAAAGUGUUACAGCCUUGUCGAAGCAGUUCUUCAAGCGCUUUUUCAGCCGCCUCGACUCAAAGCAACGUCGCCAGGUGCUAGAUGCGCAGGAGCAGUCACAUACUUGGGAAAAUAAGCACCACUCCCUUCCAGUCCGUGUUUACUCGCGGACAUGCAAGAAACUCGUCUGCGACCUGUCUCCACUUCGGACCGCUCCAUGUCGCGAAUGCCAACAAGUUCUCCGGUCGCGUUCCUUCAAAACGGCAAUCCAUCGACCUAAACCCGAAGACCGUCACUAUGUCCAUACACCCUAUCGUUUUCGCUCUCCACUGAUGGGUCAAAUCUACGCGCGCGCUAUUGGUGUGAAGGAGCUGAUUGAACGGAAGAGCCGCGACUCACCAUUUAUCCGGUACACGCUUGGUGCCUUGCGUGGCGAAUACAACGAUGAAGUGUUCAAGGGUUUGACGGAAGCCAUGGUCACUCAACACGACAAGGAGAGUCGGGGUGUGGGGCUCCAAAACUUUCCGCUACGCCGGCAUAUGACGACUUCACUCAAAUUCUUAACCUACAAAGUCCGGCAGCAUACCGUACAUUUUCCGAGCAUCUGCCAGCACAGUCGCAACGCAAUCUUCGGUAUCCUCUCCUUGAAGGAAGGAAAACAGCCCAAGUUUCCGAUGACUAUCUGCGAGCAGACAUAUGAGCUCGCGUUGAAGCACUUAGAGGCUCUGGCUUGGACGGGGCCCGUUGGACUGAGUGUAGACGAUACAAAGUUGUGUGCAGCGCAUCGUCUCUAUUGGGACUCGGAGAAGGGAGCAUAUAUGUUGGUCGGAAGCUCUUCGGGUCCAUUCCGCGUGGAUAACCCUGAUGCUGUUCGCAAACUAAUUGAGCAGGCUCAACUAGACAAGGCAACCAAGCUUCGUCUUUUCACACUCUCAGUACAAGCACCAGGAUCGACACCAAUUUUAUUGCAUGCCAUGCCAAUUGGCUCAAAAAACUGGCCAGCAGAGAAACUUGAGCCGUAUUCUCUGACCCUGCUCACCGGUCUAAUUGAGCGAGGUAUUCGGGUCGUCUCAUAUGCAUGUGAUGGAACAGAGUCCGAAAGGGCGAUUCAACGGCUACUUGUAGAGCAUGCAGACCAAAGGAUAGAGUACGAGAUUCCUGGCGACGAUGACAGUGCAAACUUCAAAAUUGACUCCAAACACGCACUCAAGACCUUUCGCAACAACCUUUUUUCUGGUGCUCGCAUACUCACUCUCGGCAACCACAUUGCACAUUUUGCUCAAAUUUACCAAGUUGCAUUUGAAGAGGGCUCCCCGCUCUACCAUCGUGAUGUCGAAAAGCUCGAUCGCCAGGAUGACGGUGCAGCCACUCGAAUGUUCUCUGCUGACACCCUCCAAUAUAUCGCCGAAAACCAUCCCGACUGGCCAUUUGCCAUCAUAUACCUCUUUGUUUUUGGCGAGCUCGUCGACGCGUACCAAAACCGGUCCCUCUCUCAUCAUAUCCGUUUUCAAAUGGUUAUGCGGGCGAAAUAUUUUCUUGAUGCGUGGUCUGACUUUAUUGACUGUGCGGAGUAUGACAAAGCCCGCCACCACCUUUCACGCGAAUGCCUCGACAUCUCACGAAUAAUCAUCGAAGGCUACCUGUUGCUCUUAAUCAUCUAUCGCGACGACUUUCCCGAUACACCACUUCUCCCAUGGCUACACUCCAGCGAGGCCUGCGAACACACAUUUGGUAUUUGCCGUCAACUUGUCAAGGACUUCACAUACCUCGACUUCCUGUACAUGGUACCUCGGCUUCAAUUUCCAUUAGACAUGCCAUUCUACGAUCUCGAACAUCCGAUGGGAAAGCACGAGCAGGAGGGCCUCUCGAGCUUCCCAACAACGGAUGAAAUGAAGCCACUCGCCACAGCAGCUCGAGCAGAUGCAAAUGCGCUAUGCACUGCUUGUGGUGUCGAUGCUGUUAUUGUGCGUCGUAUGCAAGAUCGCUUUCGUCGCGAAAGAAUCCCGUCAAUCGCAGAUUGGCUUCAUCGGUCUGGAGAUGACGUGGAGUCCAUAAACUCCGAGAACGACGACAAUGCAUCAAUAUCCGCCUCAAUAGGAGAUGGAAAUGAACUCAAUGAGCUGCUCAGCCAACUCGACACUGAGUCCUUUCGCUCAUCGACUACUGCGGCUGGUCGCGCUAAAGCAACAACACUGUCUAUGGCAGCAGCAACAUUACUGGUUGACCAAUAUGCGAUGGUUCAGCAAUACUCCCAGCCUACCGUUGAUGACCACCAGCAUGAAGACGAAGAGGCGCAAGAAAUUGCACACUAUCUUUCCCGACUAUCUAGCACUGACACUACACCCAUCAGCGGCAUGGCAGCAGUUUCUCUUAUACCUAGUCUAUUCGGAACUGCUGGAACUCGUCUCACCCAGCCCACACAAUUCGAUUACUCUGCCCUUGUAUCUCUACGACGAGAGCAUCAGACACAUCAAGCAGCGCAAGGUGUCCGUGUUCAUGUGCAUGUCGAACCAGCUUCCGAAUCGGCAAAGCGACAGCUUAUCAAGUCAAUGCGAGCCAUUUUGAAGCAGACUGAAGACCGUGGCCUUACGACUGGCAUUGACCGGGCGCUCCGCACACAAUCUCUUGGGGGAGAGCCUGCUACCGUGACAUCGGCUGGUAAUGCUGCCAAUGCUGCUGCGUCGGCGGCAACUCGUGCAAGAGAGGCUUUUCGGAAACGACGAAAGCUAUUUGCUGACGCCAAUGUUGCUCGAUUGACCGAUAUCGAAUCAGCGCGUAUAUCUGCUGUGCGGCCACUCCUUCCGCAUGAUUGGGUUCUUGUAGCUGCAGAUGUAGUGACCCGGAACACAUUUGACGUAUAUCUGGCUCAAGGUUGUCCUCACCUUGUAUGCGGGGCUGGAAAAUAUGGCAAGCAUGGGCUUGUGGUGGAUGGCGGCAAAUCAAAUAUCGCUGCCCUCUCAUUCGUUGGGGUCCAGCUAUAUGAGCUUUCCCUUUCUAACGGUACAUUCCAAUCCGUUACCAAGCAGACAGUGCAUCUCGACACCUCUACCUUUGCCCAUCUUCCAUCUCUCCAAAUCCUCGCACUAGUUAAGGCACCACAGAAAUCCCACACUAGCUCACAAGUUGCCCUCUCGGAUGCUGAUUUUACAUUGUUUUCCGCUGAGAGGGUCCCCGCCAACAUAUCCAAGGCGCUUAUCCAAGCUCGGAAGCGUAAGGUGGCGGAGGAGGUCGAUGAGUAG